AAAUACCUUGACUGCCUUACGUCGCGAUAAUCCCGCCCGCGCACACGCCUUGUCACUUUACUGCACUCCCGACACCGUCGCUAUCGCCAGAAUUUUGGUCGCUAUAACAUUCUCAUUAUUUUCCGCGACCUUUUCGCAUUGCCUCGAGUUUUUGGGGUACGCGCGACUUUGCUUUUGCGCGUAGAGCAAUCCUUCCACCAAGAGCUUGUUUACCCGACGCGCCCCCAGUCUUGGUGUUCAUCAACUUAGCCUCGUUCUCCCACUAACUAUCACUACCACCAUUACCUGAAAGAACCCCUCAAUAUUCGAGUCCAACCUUUUGUCGCGUGGGUAAUUGCCUCUUCUCACCGUCAUACCGCGUAAUUACGCGAGUGCAUCAUGUUCUACUCAGAGACUUUGCUCAACAAGAGCGGGCCGCUCGCCCGCGUCUGGCUUUCUGCCAACCUCGAGCGCAAGCUAUCAAAGAAUCACAUCCUCCAAUCCAAUGUUACAGACAGUGUGGAAGCCAUCAUCACGCCUAACCAGGCGCCGAUGGCCUUGCGACUAAGCAGUCAGCUGCUUUUGGGUGUGGUUCGAAUCUACCAAAGAAAGACGCGUUAUCUUUUGGAUGAUUGCAAUGAAGCUAUGAUGAAGAUCAAAAUGGCAUUUCGGUCUUCGGGUAACAACGACAUGGCCGUCAACCUACAAAUCCCCAACCGGGAAGCCCUGACCCUUCCUGACAGAAUCACCCCAUACGAUAAUUUCGAACUACCUCCUCCACCAGACGCGAACUGGCUUUUGUCUCAAGUGGAGGAUGUGACUGCUGCUCCAAUUGGCCGCAAAGGACGCGCUAGUCAGCGUGACAUCAACCUUCAAGAAGAUUACGAUAACAGCCAGUUUCUCAACGAUGGCAUGGGAAUGGAAGAUGACAUGAUUGCACCGCUGGGGAACAUUGAUUUGGAAUUGGAUUUUGGUCUUGAUGAUCUUGGCCUUGAAGGGACAGGUCUCGAGCCCGAAGGUGGCCGAAGGGAGGAUCGCACGACGGCUGGUCCCCAGAUUGACGAUUCAGAGCUUGAUUUUCCCCAAAAGGACGACGAUCGAGCGAUGACUUUAGAUCUGCCCGACGAGCGCGUUCAGAUUCAUGACGGCGAGGAUCCCGACCUGAUGGCAAUUGACUUCAACCCUGACGAUGUCUCCCAAGUACCUGAUAUCGCAGCUUACCCUCCUCCUCGAAUUUCAGAGUCGCCGCUUUCCGACAUCGACGAAGACCGGGCUGCACAGCUAGAACAGGAUCACUCGAGAUACCAGAUGGCAGACCUUUAUGAACCCGACCACGAGGAAGAUCAGAUCGUUCGACGACCAGCACAGCGCGCCAAGAAACAGAAGAUACUCACACCUGAUGAAGAAAUCGCUCUCUCAAGUAACCACAUCAAGCAACAACAAGCCAACCGUGACAAUAUCAUAAAGGAGGGUGGAUUCCUUCCCCGUGACCCCUUUCUCCUGGCUUUAAUGGAUAUGCAAAAGAGUGGAGGGUUCGUGUCAUCAAUCAUGGGGGAAGGCCGAAGCUCAGCUUGGGCUCCAGAACUUCGCAAUAUGCUCACAUUAGACACUGCUCGUGGCAUGAACGAGCUCAAGCGCAAGCGUGACAGUGGUAUUGCUGACGUCGAAAGUGACCACGGCGCUUCCAAGUCACCACGUAUGCUCGAUGUCGGUUCAGACACUGGACUUGGUUUCGAGGGCGCUUUCGGCGAAAUGAGCAUCCCCCCAGAGGAAAGCCGCCAUGAAAUCCCCGCCGACGAUGAGAUGGAGGACGAAGAGGCAGGAACCAUGAUGCCUGGCUUUGAAGAUACGACUGUUGCUCUGGUCCAUCCCGCUGAGAGCGGUCCUGUUUCUCAAGUCACGAAACACGUAGUGCACCAAUUGCGAGAGCGAUUUGGUGACGAUGCUGCUGACAGCCCCAGCAAGCGAACUCAGAGAGCAGUUCUCCUCCAGAACCUCUGCCCUAGACAACAGACCACCAAGGCCGAUGCUACCAAAAUGUUCUUUGAGUGUCUGGUUCUCGCGACCAAGGAUGCCAUCAAAGUCGAGCAGGGUCCUGGUCUAGGAGAUGACAUCCGGAUAAGGGCGAAGCGUGGACUCUGGGGAGCCUGGGCGGAAAGAGAAGCUGGUGGUGAGAUGUCUCAAGACAAUGACGCCCCGAAUGAGCCCGAACGUGCUGCAGUUGCUUCAACCGCAGUUGCUGUUUCAGCAUAAUCUGACAGGUCAGGUGUUUUUGCUUAUUGCAUCUUAACGAAAACUUGGAUGGGCGGCGUGUCAGGUUAUAUAAACUAUUGAAUUCCAGCAUUCUAGGGCAGUCACUCAGGGGUCGCCCAGAUGGUGUUGUCGGCGUUUCGGGAGAUACCACGGCUUGCGGUACUUGGUUGGAUUGGUCGUAGCUCUUUGGGAAAACGGCAGAGGUCGACGUGCGGCAGUUUCUUUUAUGAACGAGUUCUGUUGGACAUUGCAUUAGUAGUUGAGUACAGUAGUAAAGAACGGUCACUUGUAUCUCGACCUUUUAAAGA